AUGAACGGCCAUGCAGAACCGAGCCACGAAGCAGCAGGCACCGUCGCCGCUAUCGGCAAGAACGUUCAUAACGUCGCGGUUGGUGACCGCGUAGCAGCCGAUGCCUUGCAGCCGUGUCUCAACUGCUUCUACUGCACGCGUAGAAAGACCCAACUCUGUGAGAAUGUCAUCGGGUAUGGCGGUAAUGUUCCGGGUGGUUUCGCAGAGUACUGCAGAUACCCAGCUCGCAUGGUUUUCCCUAUUGGAAACCUUCCGGAUCUAGAGGCCGUCUUGCUCGAACCCGCCGCAUGCGCAGCGCAUGGUAUUGAGAGAAUGCAGAUGGAGGUCGGAAGCAGAGUGCUGCUUUUCGGAUGCGGGCCGACUGGCAUAUUGUUGGCUCAGUUGAUCAAGAUGAAUGGCGCUGCUCAUUUGACCAUCGCCUCAAAAGGCGGCCCGAAACUCGAUCUCGCGCGCGAACUCAACAUCGCCGAUUCCUACAUCACAAUAUCCGACGAGAACCCCGGAGAUGACAUGGCUGCGCUCUCGACCGACAACCCCUACGGUUUCGACAUUGUCGUGGAAGCCACAGGUGCACCGACAGUUCUGGAAAAGUCCAUCGAGUACGUGCGUAAAGGCGGUAAGCUGGUGGUUUACGGCGUAUACGACGAAAGUGUGAAAAUUGCAUGGUCGCCCUUCCGGAUCUGGGAAAAUGAGAUCACGAUUCUGGCUAGCUUCUGCAGCAUGAGCCAUAUACCGCAUGUCUUGGAGUAUGUGAAUGCUGGGAGAUUGAAGUUGGGUGGCAUUGCGAACAAGACGUAUCGAAUCGAGCAAUGGGAGGAGUGCCUGGACGCGGUGAGGAAACAAGAGGUUGUCAAAGCUGCUAUAGUGUUUGACUGA